AUGCCACAACCAUCCUCAAAGUCACCACAAUCCCCGCAUAGAUCGCUGCCGGCGCCACAUGACGACACCGAAUCCUCACACACGAUAGCCGACCACAAUCGGAGGACUUAUGCGGAAGAAUACAGGGACACCGGGUGCAAUGUGCUGGUAGAAGGCAUGCCGCAUUUUCCAAGGCCUCCGUCGACGUCAGGCCAUCAAUAUGGCCGUGAGACCGGCCAUGUCCCACUCUCACUCCGCGGCGGCGGCGGCUCAUCCUCCAAUGCGCCCGAAACUAAUGAUGCCUCCUCACCCGUGAGCAAGAGCCCGCGCAUCAAACAGAUCAUGCGCUCCGACGUGUUGGACUCGCCAAAGAGCGAGAAGAAGCAAGGCAAGGGCGUGAGUAUCGCCGAAGGGUCACCUGAAGUUAUUGAUUCACAAUCUAUAAUCAACCAGUAUAAGGAACGGUUGGCUCGCGAUAUUGCACGUCGGGAACUUGUUGCUCGGGCUCCUCAAUCGCCCAAGCGUGUCUCUCCCAUCCGGGAGGAGUUGUCCCUGUCCCCAGCCUCCGGGUCGGUGUCCAGCUCCGACAUACCUACAGCCUCGACAGAAUCUAACAAGACAAUACGAGGGGGCAUGACCCCAGGCUAUACCCCAGGAUUGGCUGCCAGGACGCCCUCUUAUCCAUUUCCACGCAUGAUGACACCUCAUUACUUUCCGUCGGCGCUGAAUAGGGCUGCCAGCGGUCAGAGUUAUCAUGGUGGUCACUUUGAUAGUAUGGUGCUCCACGACCAGCUUCGUUCGGAUCCAUCCACACCUGCAUCGACCAUGACCUUCCAGCCCGCUGGCGCUAUUCCACCCCUCGAGCGUGACUUUCCUACACCGAAUCUUUACGAGCUAGCAUUGAUGCUCAGCGCCGAGCCUGGCCUCGAUGCCUGGUGGAGCACGGUGAUCCAGAUUAUGAAGCAAUAUUAUAGAGCAGAGCGAGUGACCUUGUCAGUGCCUGCUGAUGCCACCGAUCUCGAAAACGUUCCUUGGGGCCAAAAGGCUACCUACAAUGCCAUGGAGGAGGAUGAAUUCAGUAUGGAAUACAUGGGGCGAAGCAGUCUGUUUCCAGGCAGCAUGGAUGAAAUGUCGGAAAUGGCGUCCAACGUCGAAGGCUCCCAGCUUGACGACAAGGUUUUGCGGCCAGAUUUGCAAAGCCGACAUUCUUUCACAUCCUACGAGAAUAAAAAGGAGUCGCAUACUGUUCAGGCCGCAGAAACGCCGAAUGCGGCCCCUCGGCGACCAGCUGCAAUGCCUCGCAGCAAGAGUUACUUUCCAAGUGCCGAGAGACGCAUGCCAGGCACGCCCCGCCCUGCUUUGAAUAAGCAGGCAUUGGAAGAGCACGAUGCGGUUGAGGGGCAACAAGAACAUAUUCAGACUUGGGAUGCGCCACUUGUCUCCCGGCCUGAGGUGAAAGGCCGGGUGCUUCCUGUUCUGCAGGGACUAGAUCUCGAGGCGGAUCCCCUGAUUGAUCACAAUGGUAUCAAGGGCGUGAUUGAGCGCGGCAAAGUUAUAGCUCUAACCCGCAGUUACCCCUAUCUUGAACCCGUGGUAGAAGAAAAGUCCAAAAAGAAGCCCAAGAAGCCCACACGACCCGAGAUGACCACCAAAUUGUCUUCGUUUCUUGGAACUGCUGCCACAGGCUCGCGGCCCCCUAUUCACAGCAAGAAGACAGUCGGAGGCGACAGAAUCUCCAAGCGUGCUGAUCUCCUUUCAGUCUUGAAUGACGAAGAACCUCGUCCUCCAACACCACGCUACGAAGAAUACGAGCAGGCACCCCCAUCUCCAUGGUCACAGUCCCCUGCACCGUCACCUGCUGUCCGGGCAGAUCCGGCCGAGAACCCAUUCUUCACUGACGCAAUGGUGGACGAGGACUCUUUCAACCCGGGGCCCAGUCCACAUGACUAUACUGAUAUCCAGCCACCCGAGACUAUCGGCGUUGACAAUUCUUGGACUGUGCUUCAUAUUCCACUGAAACAUAUCCUACUAUCGAAGCCGGCUGGAACCUUCAAGCUGAGCUCAGCAGCACUGGCACAGAAGACCGCAACUCGUGGGCGGCAGGACGGGACAGACUCUGGAUUUUCUGAACGCCCAGCUUCGGCUGACUCUCUCAAGGACAAACGCCAAAGCCCCAUUGCCAUACUCUCCAUCUUGAGCCCGCUGAUUCCAUAUCCUUCAAACCUACGCUAUUCUCUAGAGCAUCUCGCACCUCAUCUCGCAACAUCGUUCUCGUUGUGUCGCCACUAUACGAAUCUGGAGACUGAGGUAGCUGGUCUGCAGCGCAAGAGGCCACCCACAACUGGAUUUGGAGCUCUCGGACCAGAUGGACGCCCUCUUGCCGAUCCUGUACUAUUCUCUCGGUUAAAAUAUGCUUCGUCUGAGCAUCCGUCUCAGUUUUCUAUCGGUGGAAGUAUAACGAGUCCGAGCGAUACCUCGGGAGCAGCGCGAAGCGCUGCGAACUCGCCUGGCGCAUCCUCCAGCUGGGAUCCGAGCUCUUUUGGUCUGGUCGUAGAAAGGCGAACAGCGAGUAACAGCCCAGGAUUGGCCGGCGGCGAAGGGUAUUUCGGAGCGGUUGUACAUUCCAACACCAUGGGCCAUGAUGGCACGCCGCGUACACCUGGACUCCGACCCGCACGAACCAUCAAGGAUACCCCAUUAUCCAACGAGCGCUCACAGGGUGCAGCAGGUGGCAGUGCGAACAUUCGACCUUCUACACCAGGCGCCGGUGGCAUUGCGGAUUUGUCAAGUAUUAUGCAUACUCCUGAUGAGAAAACCCCCCAACUUUCGUCAGCCCCGCGAACAAGUACAAAAGCUGGUGGACAGCUAGACAUGAGUGGUGAGCGUGGACAGAGCAGUCAACGGCAUACCAAACUGCACUCAUAUGGAGCUGACUUUGCCACGACCUUCCAAUCAUUGCCUUCGGGCACAUAUGUCAACCAGACCCCUGGACUGGAGGAUAAAGUCAGCAUGUUGCCACCAUCUGAUAGGUUGAAGGGACUCAUGCUGGAUUCCCUGCCAGCUCAUGUGUUUGUAGCAUUGCCAAGCACGGGAGAGAUCAUGUGGGUCAACAGCAGAUAUCUCUCCUAUAGAGGCCAAACGGUUGCCGACCUUAUCGUAGACCCUUGGGGCUCUGUUCACCCAGAAGAUCGCGACGGAUACAUUCACAAGUGGACUCAUUCGCUUCGCACUGGAGAACAGUUCGCAUACACGGUACGCUUGCGGCGUUUUGAUGGUGUCUACCGAUGGCAUCAAGCCCGUGCAAUCGCCUCCAAGGAUAAGCGAGGAGUUAUCGUGCAGUUCAUCGGCUCGUAUAUGGAUAUUCAUGACCAAAAGGUUGCCGAACUGGUGGCUGCUCGCCAAGAGGAAAUAGAGGCGUCCGAAGCAAAGCAUCGCCUUCUAGCGAACCUGAUUCCUCAGAUUAUCUUUGCUGCUACCGAGGAGGACGGUAUCACAUUCGCAAAUGAACAAUGGCUUUCCUACACUGGACAGAGUUUCGAAGAUUCCCUGGGGGUUGGUUUCAUUGACUUUGUUCACCCUGAGGAUCUGGCCAAGUGUAGGUUGCCGUCGGAAAAGCACACGGCCAAAUACUUCGAAACUUCCAUGCCUGGCGCAAAGACAUCGGCCACAGCCACACCCACCAGAGCUGGCAGUUUCGGAACUCAUUUGACGCAGGGAUCUCUGUCUCGCAAGAACUCGAGCAGUGGCUCGAGCUCCUCGUUGUCAUCCACGGAUCUCGAUGAACUGGCGCGAAAGGGUAUCAUCAAGGUUGCUACCGAUAGCACAGGACGGCUCUCAUAUACUACGGAGCUUCGACUCCGAUCCAAGACUGGCGAAUACCGCUGGCAUCUGAUUAGAUGCGUCGAGAUCAACAAUAUCAAUUUCGGCACCGGCGAGAGCUCCUACUUCGGUUCUGCCACCGAUAUCAACGAUCACAAGCUACUUGAAGCCAAGCUCAAGGAGGCUAUGGAGUCCAAGUCUCGCUUCCUCAGCAAUAUGUCGCAUGAGAUUCGGACGCCUCUGAUUGGAAUUUCUGGCAUGGUAAGCUUCCUCCAGGACACGAUACUCAAUGAGGAGCAGAGGGACUACACGAAUACAAUUCAGACAAGCGCAAACAGCCUGCUCAUGAUUAUCAACGAUAUUCUUGAUCUUUCCAAGGUUGAUGCGGGCAUGAUGAAGCUCAACUUCGAAUGGUUCCACACUCGAUCCCUCAUUGAGGAUGUCAACGAGCUGGUUUCCACCAUGGCCAUUGCCAAACGACUGGAGCUCAACUAUGUUGUGGAACAAGAUGUGCCCUCCUGGGUGAAGGGUGACAAGGUUCGAAUCCGCCAAGUGCUUCUCAACGUUAUAGGCAACGCCAUCAAGUUCACUAGCCAAGGCGAAGUCUUCAGUCGUUGCAAAGUUAUACAGCGUCAAGAACGCGAUGAGCACUCCAUUAUAUUGGAGUUUUCCAUUAUUGACACUGGUCGAGGCUUUACUAAAGAAGAGUCGGAGCUCAUCUUCAAGCCUUUCAGUCAAAUCGAUGGAAGCAGCACCCGCCAACAUGGUGGAAGUGGAUUGGGGCUGGUGAUUUCACGACAACUUGUCGAACUGCACGGCGGCAAGAUGGACGGCUCUGCAGUGCCAGGCAAGGGUUCAACAUUUACCUUUACAGCCAAAUUCGGCCUUCCCACAGCAUCGGAUCAUCCCGGUGUACCGCUCUCACCGCCCGCGGCGCCUGUACAGCAAAAGACUGCGGAACAACAUGUGUCACCGACACUGACAGCCCAACCGUUCUCGUCACAAAAGAUUGCGGAACUGUCAUCCAGGGAUAGUCCCUCUUCGGAUGCGAGUCUUGUAUCGCCUGAACUCACGUCUUCAGCCGGUUCUGAUCCCUCGAUCCGCUCGGCGCGGUCACAAAUUACUACGGCGUCUUCUACAUCGUCCGCCAAUGCUGGUCUGGCGCAUUUCAGCGAAGCAGCCAAGGCUAGUGGUCAAGAUCUGUCCCAGAUGAAGCUCGAGAUGCCCCUUGCUGGACUUUCUAUCAGUGACACACCGACGCCAGACCUGUUGAGAUUUUCUGCAAAGAUUGAUCAGUUUAGACCUCCGAUGUACUCAAUUCUCAUCAUCUGUCCGCAGACUUUCAGCAGGGAAGCUACGACGAAACAUAUUGAAAUAACACUGCCCAAAGAUGUGCCUCACCAGAUCACAGCAUUAGCUACUGUCGAAGAGGCUCGAAAGUUGAUAGGAGGGGAAGAGUCGGUCACCUUUACGCACAUUGUCCUCAACCUGCCUUCUGCCGAGGAGAUAGUCAGAGUCAUGGAAAGAAUCAAGGCUUCCUCAAGUGGUAAGACCACAGUCCUUGUUCUUUCUGAUUCUCUGCAACGCCAAGCUGUCAUCAAACUCGCUUCCGAGAAUGGCCACCCAGAGCUUCUUGAAGGCAACUUUGCCACCUUCAUCUACAAGCCAGUCAAACCGUCACGGUUUGCCGCUGUCUUUGAUCCAGCAAAACUGCGAGAUCUCAGCAUUGACCGGAAUCGCUCGAGUGCUGCACAGAUGGUGGAGACUACACGGCAAAGUUACAUUGAUAUUGAGAAGCGGAUUGGCAACAAGGGCUAUAAGGUGCUGCUCGUCGAAGACAAUCCGGUCAAUCAAAAGGUCCUUGUCAGGUAUCUCAAGAAGGUUGGUAUCGUGGCAGAAAUUGCCAACGACGGCGUUGAGUGUACGGAGAAGGUCUUCUCCCGGCCACCCGGAUUCUACAAGCUUAUAUUGUGCGACCUUCACAUGCCUCGAAAGGACGGCUAUCAAGCUUGUCGCGACAUUCGAGCGUGGGAGAAGCAGAACAACCAUAGUAGACUGCCCAUCAUUGCCCUGUCAGCCAAUGUCAUGUCCGACGUCCAAGAGAAAUGUGUCGAGGCCGGUUUCAGCGACUAUGUCACGAAGCCUGUCGACUUUGUCGACUUGAGCACGGCCAUGUCCAAAUUCUUUUGA